AUGCACCUUCCCACAAAUUUUCUCUCCCUGGCAGUAGCGGCCACAGUCGUUACUGCAUAUCCAGGGUCUCCGUCUAGUCGGCGACCACCAUUUAAAGGCAACUUCACAAUCUCACAAUAUCAGCUUUACCCAGAGAACGCAGACUUCGACUCCGAGACUGGAAAGCUCUACGUCGGCCAGCUUUGGAACGCCUCACUCGGCAUCUACGACCCUUACACUCAGCACCAUGAGAUCGUCGAGUUUCCUGGUAUAUCGCACAACCCGCUCCUCAACAUGGGCGGCGUCGGCGUAAACUCUCGCACUGGUCGUGUUUCCCUCGUCGCCAACGGUCCCCUCGAGUUCCCCACCAAUGGCGCCAACAUCGCUGGUGACCGCUGGCUCUUGUCUUACGAUCCGAAGCAGAAGAAGGAAAUCUACCGCGUGAAUCUGACUGCUACCUCUCAAGGCAAAUAUGGCGGCUUCCAGGACGUCGAGCACGACCCCGCUGGUAACACAUUCGUCGUUGGGACAUUCCCCGGUACGCUUACCAAGGUGUCCAAGGACGGCAAGAAAGUCACGCCCUGGUAUCUUCCCUCGACGAUCAACAGCACGGACAAAGGCCUCACAGGUAUCGCGGCAAUUGGAUGGGAACUCCUCGCGUACGGCGACGCAAGCGGCGCACUGUGGAAGUUUGACACGCGUGCGAGCAAGGGCGUUCCGACUGUUGUUCCUGUGAGCGGAAACCACAGCUUUGCGCCUAGUGAUGCGAUAUACCUGCCGCCCAAGUACAAAUCUAAGGUGCUGCUCGUUGCGGAAAGCGCAGCCGGUGUCAGUGUCUUCGAGUCGACGAAUGCAUGGAAAAGUGCGGAGUAUAAGGGAACUGUGCCGCUCCCUCAGCUCGACCCCGGCACCGUCCUCGUAGCACCAGUCCAAGUCGGUGACGGCAUAUACCAAAUUGUCGCAUACUUUGGCGAUGUCGGUCUUGGUGGACCAGGCACAGCGGGGAAUCGUACGCAGUUCCCGUUCUACGAUAUCUCAGACCAGGUCGACGAGCUCGUUGGCGACUGUGGCAAGGGGAAGACGGAGAAUCAGCGACGGAGCGUGGCUGGGGAAGUUCCUGCGGCGGAUUGGUACUACAAGCAUGAGCGACGGAGUGAAGUCGAAGAAACUCCUACCGCUGAUUGGUACUACAAAGGUCACCAGCGACGAGAUGAAGGCGCUGAAGAGCCGGUCCAGACGGCAGGGUGGUACUACAAGAGCGGCGGGUACUAG